GCUACUUGAUCACCUCAGAGAGGAAUUCGAUUACAUAGUUGAUGGAGAGCUUUUUAAUGGUAUAUGAACUUCACUGCAGCAGCAAAAUAGUUUACGCUGCUCAGUACUAUACUGACCAAGAACGUAUCGAGUCGUACUUUCCAACAUCUUUUACGCGCCAAUAACACGCACGGAACGAAAAUCGUUUAGCAAUCCAUCUGCUGACUAGUGUUGACCCUCGCGUGAACUGUUGGAAUCUUGAUCGAGUGAAGGUAGCAAAGUCGAACGAUAACGCCACCCCGACAACCGGCCAGAUGGGUACCCUGAGCAAGUACUUUUACGAGGCAACGCGGAACAAAUCCUGUAGGGAUAUGCUCCAUCCGGGAUACACGUGCUACGAUGCGGGGAAGAUCUACAUACGCCAAGGGAUUGUCGGUGCCAUGCGACAUUAUCUUCCAGGGGCUGUGACGGCGUUGCUCUUCAAAAUGAAUCAAUGGGACGAUCCGCAGGUGUGGAAAACUUUUUUCCUACAGUACGCGCGGUGCAUCAUUGCCGGAUUGCCGAUGACGGCUGGUAGCUUUCACUUCUUCUGUGGAUUCUACAACCUGUUCGGCCGUUUCUCUGCACCAUUCUUCACCUUCAUUCCAUCGUUUCUCGGCGGCUGUACAUGUAUGUUCCUCCCUAGAACGAUCGUGCACGCUCAGGGUAUAGGACUCUUCAAUAUGUAUAUCGAAUUUCUCAUACGUCGCCUGCGUGGAAAAACAGCCGAAGCCCUACGACUUUCCAAACUUGCCGGAACGCUGUUCUUCAGCAUCUUCAGUGCCGCCAUGCUGCCGGCCCUCGAAUAUCUACAAAUCAAUCGCUUCUGGUUUGCCAACAUCUACCGAAAGCCCAGCGCAGACACCAACGAAGAAAUCCAGCCGAACUGCUGCCCACAUCACCCGAAGCGAUCCUGCGUUCAGCACGUCACCGCCCAAGUCAAGAAGUCCUUCUACUUCGGACUGGCCAUCUGUUUGAUCAAGAACGCACUUCCUCGGAUCGCCAUGGCGUUCCGGAGUCCGCUGCAAUUCAUCCGAACCAUGGUUUUCCGCUUCGAUUAUGGUCUAAUUGGGUUCUUCACUGCCUACAAGGCACUGUACGAGUUUUUCAAUUGCUACCUGAUUCAGAACAGUAAGCUUAAUCCGCUGGUUCGUGCUACCAUCACCGGGUUCAUCAGCGGAACUGCAUACUGCCUGUAUCCGAACUAUUUGCUUUUCACAUACCCCAUUUCGGAACUAGUGGAAGUUUACUGGUUGGUGUACAUGAAAUCCAACCUACCCAAACCCAAGAUAGUGCAAUUGAUUGACCGAUUCCCAACGACUUUACUCAUGUACAUGUUCAGCCUGGGUAUGAUGUAUCACCUGAGAGUAGUCUACCCGUAUCACACCAAUCGCUACUGUCACAAGCUGAUGGCGAUUGGUACUACAGGGCGUUCAGAAACAUUGGCCCGUGGAUACGCUGAGAUAAUGAUGGGUUACAGGGAUUAG